AAACAAUCGCCACUACUCGAAACCUUUGAAGACCUGGUUAAAGAAUUUGAAGCCACAUUUAACGAUUUGGACUGGUAUGAAGCAGCACUAAUUGAUCAAUUUCAGAGUGGGCUUCACAAUAAUGUAAAAGACUUGCUUCUCACAGUUAAAGACCCAACCUCAUUGAAUGAUGCCAUUUCAAAAGCUGUCCAGCUAGCACCUUUCAAAGAAGACCCAAUGCAAAUUAAUACUAUAAGGAUUAAGCUACUGUUAGUGGCAGAGAAAAGACGGCAUCAUACAAAUAAUCUCUGUUUCUAUUGUGGUGACCAGAUCACAUUGUUAAAAACUGCCUUAGAAAACCCAACUUACCACCAAGAAUUGAUAAUAUUGUCUCCCCAGAAGAACCGUUGGGAAAAGAACAGCCCUAGCUGCACAGCACUUACCCCAGAGCUAUAUAUCCACUUGUCUGAUGGAUCUCAAACAAGUGUGCAAGCUUUAAUUGACUCUGGGCUUCAGCAUGUUUCUUGGAUCUUGCUCUAG